AUGGCGGAAACCCACGCUCCACGGGCAAGGCCCGCAACGAGUCUUGCAGCGCGUUUCGGAAUCCUCUCCACCUACUUUUACGCGCUGCUGGUCAGCCCCCUGCUGCUCUCGCACUUCGUCUUCGACAUUCUUCUGUGCGUGCCGCCGUGGACGCGGCCGACGCCGGAGUGGUCGUUCAGCCAGGCAGCCCGCACGCGCCUGGUCCGCCUGCUCCUGCUCUACUGGUCCCUGACGCGCUCCGGCGACCGGCUGACGCUGCAGCCGGGGCGCGAAGGGAGCCGCUUCGAGGUCAUGCGCCCGCGCCCGCCCAAGCAGUACAAGGGCGUGCUGGUCGACGCGGCCGUCCAGCCCACAGACCUCGGCGCCACGUGGACGCCGGCGCGGCCGCCCCCCGCCACACUCGCGGGGCCCGACGUCGUCGUGGCGCUGCACUUCCACGGCGGCGGCUACGCCAUCGGCAGCGGCCGCGACAAGGACACGGGGUACCUGGCCAAGACGUUCCUGCGGCACCUCGGCUGCACGCACGUGUGCACGCCGCAGUACCGCCUCUCGAGCGGCGGCCGGGCGAACCGCUUCCCGGCCGCGCUGCAGGACGCCCUGACGGCGUACCUCUGCCUGGUGCGCGACAAGGGCAUCCCGGCGCGCCAGAUCAUCCUGUCGGGCGACUCGGCCGGCGCCAACGUCGUGCUGGGGCUGCUGCGGUACAUGCACGAGCACGGCGAGGGAGCUGGCGAUGGGGGCGAGGGAGCCGGCGAUGGGGACGAGGGAGCCGGCGAUGGGAGCGAGGUGCUGGGUGCGGCGGCGGCGGUGCCUCCUCCCGGCGCCGUCGCGCUGUGGUCGCCGUGGGUCGAUGUCAGCGGGGCGCUGCGGUUCGACAUGCGCGCGUCGCCCAACUACGCCACCGACUACCUGCACCGCGAGUUUGGGCGGUGGGGCGCGGCGACCGUCUCGGGGUACGGUGCCGUCGACGCAGGGGGCCCGUGGCUGGCGCCGCUGCUCCACCCGUUCAAGCUCGCCGCCGCCGACGUGCCCAUGUUCGUGCACGCCGGCGAGCGCGAGGUGCUGUAUGACGACAUCAAGCUCUUUUCCGAGCGCUACGGGGACAUUGGCUGGAACGUCCACCUGGUCGUCUCCAAGGGCUGCUCGCACGACAUUAUUCUGCUGGGGCCCAAGAUCGGGUUCGCCCGUGCGGCCGAGGCUGCGGCCCGCGACGCCCGGGCGUUUCUAUCGGCUGCGACAGACCUGCAGCUACGCGUUAGCUAA